UUACAGUCAGCUGCUCUAUCUGUUAACAAAAACUCUAAAAAGAGGACCAAGAUAAGCAGUUGAGAAUAAUAUUGAACUAUAAUACUCUAGAAACAAAACAUUUUGUUGGCAGUUUAAAACUGGGCGAAUCUCAGAUUGAUUAAUUGUAAAAGUGAUGGAUAGCCAGGCACCCAUCGACGAUCUACUCUUGGACAUUGUAGACAAUGCUUGGCGCACUGAAGUGUUGCCUUUCGAUCAGAUAUUAGUACCAAUUGAAAAAUUGCCCGAUCCAGAGGCCGAUGGUGGUGAUUCACAUUUAACUCUUAGCGAACAGGAACAAAAGUGGACUGAUUUGGCCCUUGGUUCAUUGGCGCCCGAUGCCGCUUUGAUUGACCAACUGAAUAUAACAACCAUCUAACCAACAU